GAGGCGCCAGAAAGAACAAUCGCUACAUAUCGAGCAGAGUAGCAGAAGGGGAAGGGUGGUGAAAAGGGGGUGUGUGGCCAUGGUGGCUCUCCGAUUCCCUCCGUUCUCUCUCCUUGUCUUCUCCCCUAAGACCGUCAUCUCUUCCUCUUCUUCGUCCCUUGCUUUCUUCCGCAGAGCUCGCCGUCCUUCUCCUUCGAGAUUCCAAUUAUGCUUCUCUUCCCUGUCCACACAGUCGGAGCAGCAGAGCCGGCAGGAAGUGGGGAAGGACGAUGGCGGCACUCUCCCGAAGGAGGGGGUCAUUACACCUCGUUCUCAGGAUUUCAACAUGUGGUACCUGGACGUCAUUUACAACGCUGAGCUUGCCGACUACGGGCCGGUCCGGGGCACCAUGGUCAUCCGGCCGUACGGCUACGCCAUGUGGGAGGCCAUCCAGGAUUACUUGAACGUGAAAUUCAAGGAGACAGGGCAUAGCAAUAUGUAUUUUCCGCAGCUUAUACCUUAUUCUUUUAUCGAGAAAGAGGCGGCCCAUGUUGAAGGUUUUAGCCCAGAAUUAGCACUGGUAACAAUUGGUGGUGGAAAAGAACUUGAGGAAAAGCUCGUGGUUCGACCAACUAGUGAAACUAUUGUGAACCAUAUGUUCACCCAGUGGAUUCAUAGUUAUCGGGAUCUUCCUCUCAUGGUUAAUCAAUGGGCAAAUGUCACAAGGUGGGAAAUGCGCACAAGACCAUUUGUGAGGACUCUUGAAUUUCUCUGGCAGGAGGGGCAUACAGCUCAUGCAACAGAAAUUGAAGCAGAGAAAGAGGCAUUGCAAAUGAUUGAUAUUUAUACAAAAUUUGCUUAUGAAGAAGCUGCAAUGCCUGUCAUUACAGGACGAAAGUCCAGACUUGAAACAUUUGCAGGUGCUUCCCGAACCUACACAAUUGAAGCAAUGAUGGGUGAUCGAAAGGCUCUGCAGGCUGGAACAAGUCACAAUCUUGGACAGAAUUUUUCCCAUGCCUUUGGCACUCAGUUCAUGGAUGAAAAUGGACAAAGACAAUAUGUAUCGCAGACAUCGUGGGCAAUUAGCACUCGUUUCAUUGGUGGUAUUAUCAUGACUCAUGGAGAUGAUGCUGGCUUGAUGCUGCCUCCUCGUAUAGCACCAAUACAGGUGAUAAUUGUUCCCAUUUGGAAAAAAAGUGAUGAAAAGGCAGGUGUUCUUAGUGCUGCAACACAUGUGGAGGAGGCACUUAAAUCAGCUGGUGUGAAAGUUAAGGUUGACAGUUCAGAGCAGAAGACCCCUGGAUGGAAAUUCAACUUCUGGGAGAUGAAAGGAGUACCAUUAAGGAUUGAGAUUGGGCCUCGUGAUGUUUCAAAUGGAAGUGUAGUCGUCUCUAGAAGAGACAUCCCAGGAAAACAAGGAAAAGUUUUUGGAAUAUCAAUGGAACCUUCAACUUUGGUCCCAUAUAUCAGGGACAGGCUGCAAGAUGUUCAAGCAUCUCUUCUUGAAAGGGCUAUUACAUUCCGUGACAGCAAUAUUGUUGACGUGAGUUCCUAUGAUGAGCUUAAGGCAGCGAUUGCUGAGGGCAGAUGGGCAAGGGGUCCUUGGUCGGCCAGCGAUGCUGAAGAAUUACGGAUAAAGGAAGAAACAGGUGCAACUAUCAGGUGCUUUCCUUUUGAGCAGCCAGAAGGGCUGAAAACGUGUUUCAUGACGGGAAACCCUGCAAAUGAGGUGGCUAUAUUUGCAAAAUCAUAUUAGAGAGCCCUUGUGCCAUGCUAUUGUAUUGUUCCUAUGAUGCCAUUGCAUCUGCAUUUUUGUUAUUUAUGUUAAAUGCCUCCAAUAAUUUGUAAGAUAAUUUUUCCUUCUGCUCUUUCAAGAAUUGUAAACUUGUGGGCUUGACGUCUAAAGAAUUUGUUUUACUGCUAUACCCAGUUGAGUCCUUGGUCAUAAUGCUGAUGUAGUGCUUACAAUUCAACAGCAA